AUGGAAUACAUUACUCCUGAAAACGAAAUUGCGCUUAGCGGAGCACGAAUAUUAUGUUGUCAAUGUGCUGUGCCUAUAGAGCCAAAUCCUUCCAAUAUGUGUGUGGCUUGCUUGCGGGCAAAUAUAGAUAUUUCAGAAGGCAUACCAAAACAAGCAACUCUCUUCUUCUGCCGGGGAUGUGAAAGAUAUCUACAACCACCAGCAGAAUGGGUGGUUGCUGCCCUGGAAUCCCGUGAGCUUCUUGCUUUAUGCUUAAAGAAACUAAAAGGCUUGAACAGAGUCAAGCUAAUUGAUGCAGGAUUUGCGUGGACUGAACCGCAUUCUAAGAGAAUAAAGGUCAAACUAACAGUCCAGGGUGAGGUGAUGGGUGGAGCAGUACUUCAACAGACUUUCAUUGUUGAGUUCACAGUACAGCAUCAGAUGUGUGAUGCCUGCCACCGUUCUGAAGCUCAGGACUACUGGCGCGCUCUAGUACAAGUCAGACAACGCGCCAAUAACAGGAAGACUUUCUACUACUUAGAGCAGCUCAUUUUGAAACAUAAGGCUCAUGAAAAUACUCUUGGAAUUAAACCUAAACAUGAUGGAUUAGAUUUCUUCUAUUCAACAGAGAAUCAUGCGCGCAAAAUGGUGGAUUUCAUACAAUCCGUGUUGCCAAUAAAAUGCCAACAUUCCAAGAAGCUGAUAUCACAUGACAUUCACAGUAAUAUUUACAACUAUAAGUUCACUUUUAGUAUUGAGAUUGUGCCGUUGUCCAAGGACAGUGUUGUGUGCCUGCCUAAGAAGUUAACACAGCAACUUGGCGCCAUUUCACCCAUCUGUUUAGUGAACAGAGUGACAAGUGCUAUACAUCUGAUUGAUGCCAGAACUGGUCAAGUUUGUGAUGUGUCAGCUACAGUGUACUGGAGAAAUCCAUUCCAACCAAUAUGUAAUCCGAAACAACUAGUGGAAUAUAUUGUUAUGGACAUUGAUGUAUUGAAGGAACAUGAAAAGAAAUCAUUCCCUGGCCAAGGUAUGGUGUCCAAUAAACAUGUGGUAGCAGAUGUGUGGGUUGUCAAGGCAAGUGAACUUGGUUUAGAUGUUAGCCCUGUCCACACUAGAACACAUCUAGGACACAUCUUGAAGCCUGGCGAUACGGUUUUAGGCUACAACAUCGGUGAUUCAAACGUGAACGACGCGAACUUUGACAAAUUGGACCGCAGUGUGAUUCCUGACGUGUUCUUGGUGAAGAAGUUUUACGGUGAGAGGUCUGCCAGAAGGCGCGCACGCGCAUGGAAACUCAAACACAUGGCUGAAGAACUACAUGAAGGACUUAGCUCUACUAAUGAGGAUUACAAUGACUUCUUGGAUGAUUUAGAAGAGGACCCAGCGUUCAGGCAGAACGUCAAUAUAUUCAAGGACGAGAACAAAAUACCGGUUGACACUGACGAGAUUGAUCCUUCAUUGCCUCGCAUCACUCUCGCCGAAAUGUUAGACGAUAUGGUUAUUGAAGAUGUUGAUAUGACCGAAGUUUAA